CCUACUUGCCUCUGCCCCCCUCUACUAUAUAUACGCGACCUUUGCUAGCUCUCUCUUCAUUCCAACUUUCAAGCUCUCUUCCUCUUAGCCCUUUCCCUCUCCCUCUCUAUCACCCUAUCUCUCUCUAGCUCCUGGAGAGUAUUUUGCGUCUCUGUCUCUUUCCCUAUAUAACUACUUUUUGAAGCCCUCAGCCCUCAACUCAUCUCCCCCUCCUCUCUCUCUCUCUCUCUCUCUCUGUUCUUACGUUUCCUUCGCAUAUAUACAAAGGAUGGAUUUGAAACGCCAGGCUGCUUACAUGAGAAAGUCUCUCUUUGAUCAGGGUUACCUUGAUGAGCAGUUUAUCCAGUUGGAGGAUUUGCAGGAUGAUGUUAAUCCUAAUUUUGUGGAGGAAGUUGUGACAUUGUUCUACAAGGAUUCAGCUAGAUUGAUCCUUAACAUAGAGCAGGCAAUGGAGAGAAGCCCCCUUGAUUUCAAUAAGCUGGAUACUUACAUGCACCAGUUUAAGGGGAGUAGUUCAAGCAUUGGAGCUAGAAAGGUAAAGAGCGAGGCCACACAGUUCAGGGAGUUCUGCAAGGCAGGAAACGCAGAGGGAUGCAUGAAGACUUUCCAACAACUGAAGAGAGAAUAUACAACUUUGAAGAAGAAGCUUGAGACUUAUUUUCAGGUGGUGAGGCAAGCUGGACCCGCUGAGACAGCAUGUCGCCCCAAGUGAGGCCUGGAACAAGAGAAACCAAUAACCAGAAUGACAAGGACAACCAUAACUAAGCAAGGUGGCCAAAAAGUGAUCGAUUCUUGAAUUCCAACUGCAUUUGCAUCCAAGUUCAGUCGCUCAUUUAAAAUGGAGGGGCCUACGCCUAGCUAGUUACUAUAGAUUUAUUUCUCUGUUUUAGCUUAGGGUGCCCAAUAGCAUUAUUAUUAUUAAGUUAUGUGAGAUUUUAAUCUUAAUUUCAAGGCUUUAUGUUUGUUCAUCAUCUCAUAGAUUUUAUUGUCGUAGCAGUUAUAUACGUUGCUUGCUUGCUUGCUUUCA